AAAGCUCGGUUUACGUGCAGGUGGUGUAACUCGCUCGCUCCUUGUAUCGUAAUUAACUCUAGCGGUGGUACAAUUACAGUACUAACAUUAAUUAAUUUAAUAAUCAUGCUAAUUUUUAAUCCUAACUAUCAAGAAAUGCGCCCUUGCAGUUUUGUUAAUUGUAUUACGACUGCCAAUAGUCAUUUUAAAAUUCGCAUCCCUGUGCGGCUGUGCCGCUCGUAAACUGCACAGGCCUGUCUGUUAUAUCCAGCUAGGCAGCUACACAACUUUGAGUCCUCGCAAUUGUUGCAAUCGCUCACUUGCGAUUGCUGCUCACUUGCGAUUGCUGCUCACUUGCGAUUGCUGCUCCGAGCUGGCUGACCGAGUUGCUGUGUAAAUGACCAUCGCGUUAUACAGCGGUUUUCCCAUAAAACUGGCGUUUUCCUCGUGAAAAUUGCCGUAUUCCAGUCCAUAUAGUUACGGAACCCUUAUUUUUGUCACCAACAACAACACCCUGAUUAAUAUUUGCCACCAUGGGCGAUUCCUUUCGGACCGCACCUUUUCCAACCCGGCAAGAAGAACGGCUUAAGCAGAUUUUGAAAUCCGGUAUUGCGUGCAGCUCUUGGAAGACAGGUAAGACAGUUCUUUUGUUCAAAAAAGGUGAUUUUUCCUCUCCAGCUAAUUAUCGACCAAUAACUCUUACCAGUUGUAUUGGCAAGCUUUUUCACUCUGUAAUAUCUAAGCGGAUAAUGUCGUAUUGUAUUAAAAACGGCAUUAUUGAUACCAGUGUACAGAAGGGAUUUAUCGAAGCAACGAACGGAUGCGGCGAACAUUCUCUUAAAUUGUUGAAAUUGAUUGAACAGCAGCGCACAAAAGGAUGCACUAUGCACGUUGCAUGGUUGGAUGUCGCUAAUGCGUACGGGUCGGUCAGAAAAGAGGUUUUGCUAGCUGCGUUGCGCCGGUACAAUAUUCCAGAUUAUAUAAUUAAUUAUAUUGACAAUUAUUAUACUGGGUUAACGAUUAAAAGUUUUCAUAAUGAGUCAUUUUCUAAAAAUAUACCGUUUAACAUUGGUGUUUUUCAAGGCGAUACAAUGAGUUGCGCUUUGUUCUUGGUUGUUUUUAACGCGAUUUUGGAAUUUUUGAAAGAAAAUAAAAAAUGUGGCGUUGCUUUUGAUUCGUUGCCAAAUGAAAAAAUCGUGGAUUUAGCUUUUGCGGAUGACCUUACUUUAAUUACGAAUAAUAAAACGAGUAUGAGCCGACUACUGCGUGAUGUGAACAACCGUAUGAACUGGAUUGGCUUUAAGCUGCAGCCGGCUAAAUGUCGGUGUUUUUCACUUUCCAGAGGCGUUUCUGUUGCAACCGACUUUGCGAUUAACGGGGAAAAAAUCGAGGAUAUUAGUUCUGACCCAAUGAAAUUUCUAGGUGUUCAUGUUUUUAAUAAAAACCAGCGGGCUAACAGUGGUAAUUUAGUUAUUAAAUCGCUUGAUUCUUUAUUAACGCGUGUGGAUAAUCUUAACUUACGGAGUGCGUUUAAAGUGAAAAUUUAUAAAUGUUAUGUUGUUUCGUGUAUGCGGUUUGUACUCGCCAUGCACGAUUUGUCACCGCCUACAGUUAAUGCCCUGGAAUCGACGGUCAAUAGAUAUUUGAAAAGAUGGAUAAAGGUAAAUCCGUCUGCUAAUUGCGAUUUUUUCUAUGUUUCUGAUGGAUGUGAUCUUAAGUCUCUAAAGUCUGUGUAUGCCCAAGCGCACGCUGGUUUUAUUGCCGAUGCUCUUUGCUCUUCUGACGAUGUUGUUGUGCAUCUGGCCAGUGAGAAUAUACAGGCGGCAUGUGCUAAUGAGCCUGCAAUUGUGGACAUUGUCCAGUCCUCUGUCGCUGCCGGCAGACAAUGUGGAGCUAGCAAAGCGGCAAUUCGUAAGGUCGUUAAUAAGAAAGUGAGUCAGCACGCGUCAGCGCUGAAAGAAGACCGGCUACAAUCACUGGUACAGCAGGGAGCGUGGAGGGAAGUUGUAAAGGCACAAAUUGCCGAUACUUUUUGGAAAAGCUGUUUGUUUGAUCUCCCUGAGAAGGUGAUUCGCUUUAUGAUAGAGGCUGCGCUUAACAUUUCUCCUUCGUUCACUAAUCUAUUAAAGUGGGGCAAGACCGUAUCUGCUGCAUGUGAUUUGUGUGGAGCGACUAAAGGCUCUCUUUGUCAUAUUCUUAAUUGCUGUCCGAUUUCACUUAAUAGCCAUCGUUACACCUGGCGUCAUAAUAGCAUUCUGAAAGCUGUUUACGAUUUCAUGACCGGUGUGGCUGAUCAUAGAAAAUGGGAAAUUCUUUCUGAUCUAAAUCAGUCUAGCUACGAUAACCACACUAGCACAAUUCCUGUUAAUGUUCUUUCUACCUCUCUGUGUCCGGACUUGUGUUGCAUUAACCGCGCGGAGAAGCGCAUUAUUUUGGCAGAGGUGACUGUACCGUUUGAUACGAUCAACGGGUUUAACAAUGCGGAAGCCAGAAAGCGAACUCGUUACGCGUCCCUCGUAAACGAACUUACGGGUGAAGGCUGGCACACCGACUACUACCACCUAGCCGUUGGAUCACGAGGGAUGAUAGCCCGCCAAGCCAUACACAAUAUCCUUAGUAUGGCGACACUGAUGCGAGCUCCUUCGAAAGUGAUCGAGACUAAAUCUCUGUUUUCUAACCUGGCUAAAGUUUCGAUUAACUGCAGCUAUGUUAUCUUUUUAAAUAAGUCUAGCAAAGAUUGGACCGUUCCUUCUCUUGAUCAACUGUUCACUGUCAGUACUCGCUGAGCCGUUCUGUUUUGCCGGUCGACCUCGGCACGGUCGCAAACGAUGCCGUUUUUGCCCCAGAUUGGUGUUGUUGGUGAAUGACUGUACCGUUACAUUUUACCUUUAUUGCGAUGAAUGUAAUUAAUCUAUGUAAUAUCACAUUGUACAGUUGCAUACGGAAGAGGCCAGUUUAACGUUGCUAUGAAUAAGUUUCCCUGACUUUCCUUUUUUCCCGAGUUUCUUUUCAGUAUUAUAAAAUGAAAACUUUUGAAAAUUACAUCUAAUCGUUAAAUGUACUGUAUGUUAGAUAGGUAGCGGGUUUUUGGUCAGCCAGGGAAACUUAAACUUAAGCUUUAAUUGAAUUUAUUUCGAAUGACAUAAGUGACAUAAGCAUAUGAUCGUAUAUUGGCUUCUCCCCACUUGCAACUAUAAGACCAUUUGAAUGAUGUACGAGUAAAAAGAUGCAGACUUGCGCGCCUUCUGAAGUUAGAAGUAUGGUUUCAAUCGCAAGU